AUGUAUUCUCGAAAUCAACGAGCUGAAACUCGUAAUCGUGCAAAGGAUGAACUGAAACGGGUUAUUAACUCUGUGGAUAAAGUUCGGAAAUGGGAGAAGAAAUGGGUGAUGAUUAAGGAUACACAAAUCAAAAUCUUUAAAUGGGUUCCAGUUACUGCAACCACCAACAUACCGAAACCUGUGGCAAAACCUCAGCCUCAAGAAGAAGAACAGAGUAACACUGUGGCAUCUUCAGAAAAUACCCAAGAUUCAUCUGUGAUGGAGAAUGGUGAUAGCUUAAGAGUCCAGUCAUUCUCAAAUCUCAACGAUGACUCGAACCUAGGGUUCUCAGAAGCAGGUUUUGAUUCUGAUUCAAACGCAACUUUUGAACCUACCAACUACCCAGCUAACAAUGGGUCAACGGACUUUAGUGCAUUACGGCAACAAGAAAUGAACCCUAGCGAAAACAAAUAA